AUGACCAAUAUACAAGAAUUGCACGGUUAAAAUAAAUACUAUCUAGCAUUCACAAUAUUUUUGAAAUAAAUGCUUUAAGUAACUUUUGAUAUAUAGCUUGUGGAUUAGACUGACCUUAGAUUAGGAAUUAAACAAUAUGGUAUAAAAGUAUUUAAUUAGAUGACUUUAUAGGAGCUUUUUAAUAAAUUUUUACUAUCUAUAUUCUUCACUGUUGCUUUUUGCUAAGGAGCAUUUGAGAAGAUGUCCAUCAAAUACUUUUUAUAUUUUAUCUAUUUACUGCUCCUAAUCAACACAGUUGUUUUAGGAUACUCAGUUAUUGUAAAUAUAAUUAAAUACUAUUUGAACAAUGAAGUAGUUGAAUUUGAUGAAAUGGUUUAAUUUGAAGAUACACUCAAUAAAUAAUACAUAUACAAAGACAAGAAAAUUUAGUAUAUAAAAAUAUUUAGUAUUUAAUUUGAUCAAAAUGAUACUAGACGUCAAGAAAUUAUGCUUUAGCUCUUUCUAUUUGAAUUUAAAAAUAGCGAAAUCUUUAGUCUUUAUGCUAACAGAGAGAAGUUGGUGUAUGUUCUUUAAGAUCAAAUAGUGAUUUUUGAGUAUUUACUAACAGCUCAAACUAUUUUCAAAAUCAUUUAAAAUAGGAAGAUAUUACCUUAAAUCAAAAGAAUACACUUUAGAAUUAAAGAUUGCAAUCUUUAUAACUUUUAUAGAUAUUUUAUUUAAAACCAUAUAGACAUAUAAGUAUUUACAAAUCUUGAUGAAGGUUAUGAAAAUCUAUGCCAAUUUAAAAAUAAAAUACAGCUCAAAACUAAAACUUUUGUAGCAUAAAUAAUUGCAUUUUAAAAUUUCUUGAUGAGUUCAAUGAUUUCUGAUCCCAAAUAAAUCCUUUAUGACUUAUUUGAAAAUGAUAAGUGA